AUGGUUAAACAUUAUGACUCCCAGCCAUCCUCAGUCUCCAGUGAAAACCUUGUGUUGUAUAAUCUGUAUACCAAGGAGUCUGUUCGGGCCGUUAAAAUGCGAAGGAGAGGUGAUAUGUCAUGGGCCUUACCCGUUCUCGCUUUGGUGAAAAGGUGGAUGCGUUCCCCGCUUGUUAACCGUGGUUCAUAUUUCAGGCUGCAGCCAUUUAAUGUGGAGCACUUGGUGUAUCGCAAAGAUACACCAUUACUGGUGGUACAAACACAGGCCAAACUUCCGGAGAUUGAUUCAAUGUCAAUUGGGAAUAGGACAUUGGCUGGAGUCAAGCAAAAGUCCAGACAUGCUCGCGAAAUUCGCGACAAGGGACCUUGUUCUGUACGUCCUAUGCGGAUUCUAAUGGGCAGGAACGUUCUCGGGAAAGGCGUCAUUCUUCCUAAGUUUUAUGACGCCUACAGGUGUGGUGGAGACUGCAAAUUUCCACUAAGCAAUAAAGUCAAUCCAACUAAUUAUGCAAUCAUACGAUCUUUAUUGUAUUCUUCGGGACACGACCAAGGGAGUGGUGAGCCCUGCUGCGUUCCAAUAAAGCUUAGAGGAUUGAGCACUAUAGAAUACCGUGAAGAUGACUUUAGAAUGGAGUUCUACAAGAAUAUGAUUGUUGAAGAAUGUGGCUGCCGCUAAGUAACAACUAUUCACCUCAAGGUCAAUGGUGGAUAUUUACCGAGUUGUGAAGCGGUAAGGUUAAUAUUCACCGUUAGCCACCGACACAGAGGUAAAUAGCUGAUUUAGCC